ACAAAUAUUCUCACAAAACAACAAAUCUUGCCAUCUUCCUCAAGUCUUAUCAUAGAAACUAGACAAAAGCAAUGGCGAACGCGGCGUCGGGGAUGGCAGUGGAGGACGAGUGCAAGCUGAAGUUUUUGGAGCUAAAGUCGAAAAGAAACUAUCGAUUCAUAAUAUUCAGGAUAGACGGGCAACAAGUGGUGGUCGAAAAGUUAGGAAACCCGGAAGAGACUUACGAUGAUUUCACAGCCUCCCUCCCUGCGAACGAGUGCCGCUAUGCAGUCUUCGAUUUUGACUUCAUCACCGAUGAAAAUUGCCAGAAGAGCAAAAUCUUCUUCAUCGCAUGGUCACCAGAUUCAUCAAGGGUGAGGAUGAAGAUGGUGUAUGCAAGCUCUAAGGAUAGAUUCAAGAGAGAAUUGGAUGGCAUUCAGGUGGAGUUACAAGCCACUGAUCCUAGCGAGAUGAGCUUCGACAUUAUCAAAAGCCGAGCUCUCUAGAUCUUUUUCAACGAUCUAUAUCUAUCAUCGAACCUGAUCUUCACCAAAAAAAAUUACCAUGUUAUUUGGUUUUUAAAACUGAAAUUCUUCUUAUCUGUCUUAAUUCAUUUUAUAAAAAUUCUUUUCUUUCUACUUCCGUUUGGGAGAGAAGUUGAAACCAUGUAGCUUUGUUGUGUAACUCUCAAAUAAACGAAUAAUAUUUCC